ACACUACAAAAACAUUAUGCCCUGAUGAUAUAUAUUUGUCGUCUUGCUCAAUUCAAACAAAAUUAAAGGGAUAGUAUCUGCUGAUUUGCUCACACGAUAAAACCGAAUAAAAAUUAUCCAGGUCGGCCAGGCAAUCUGAUCCAAAAACCAAAUUAUUUCCAGUUAUUCCAACAAACACGUUGAUGAAAUUCGGAAAAGAAUUCUCGAUCCAUUUAGAAGAAACCCUGCCCGAAUGGAGAGACAAGUAUUUGCGUUACAAACCCUUGAAGAAGCUUCUCAAGAACUUUCCAGAUUCUUCUUCUGUUUCUAAUCUCCCACCGCCCGCCGCCGGUGCCGAUGCUUCUCCGCCGUUGCCUCAACAUCUGCAGGAGUGGUUCGUCAAGAUUCUCAGCGAAGAGCUUGAGAAAUUCAACGAUUUUUAUGUCGAUAAGGAGGAAGAAUUCGUUAUUCGAUUCCAGGAGCUGAAAGAAAGAAUUGAGCGUCUGAAGGAGAAAAGUUGCAAGGAUGGAGUAUUUACUUCUGAAAGUGAAUUUAGUGAUGAGAUGAUGGAAAUUCGUAAGGACUUUGUCUCCAUUCAUGGGGAGAUGGUACUUCUGAAAAAUUACAGCUCCUUAAAUUUUGCAGGUCUUCUUAAAAUUUUAAAGAAGUAUGAUAAAAGAACUGGGGGUUUGUUGCGUCUUCCUUUUACUCAACUUGCCCUUGAUCAGCCAUUCUUCACAACAGAACCUCUUACGAGGUUAGUCCACGACUGCGAGGCAAAUUUAGAAAUUCUCUUUCCAUUGGAAGCUGAAAUUGUUGAACCUACUAGUGUUGUGCGAGGCACAAACUCAACAGCUUCCAACAUGGCAACUAUAUCAGGCGAGGCAACUUCACUUGGAGAGGACACUGGAGAAGUUUACAGGAUGACUGUUGCUGCAAUGAGAACUAUACAAGGCCUUAAAAGAGAAAGUUCGACCUACAAUCCACUGUCUUUUGCUUCUAUCUUCGGAUGCAGGGAUAAUGAUAGUAGUGGUGCUGUCACAGGAGGGAACUCAGAUUCGGACUCUAUAGAUUCCUUACAAAAUAAGGAACCAAAGCAAGACGAUGCCCCCUCCACCAAAUAAAUUGUUGAUGUUCAGUUGCUAUUCUUGAAUUUCUCGAAUUUGGAGUACUGUGGAGUUCACUUUUGUUUGUGCUUGUAGUUUGACUUCAUGAAAUUGACAGCAUAUUUAACUUUGGGUGAUAGUUGUGAUUUAUACAAUAUAACUUUGUGCAGACAAAAUUUUACUUUUUAAAAUUUGAAUGCACAUUACUGCUACUGGUUGCAUACUC